AUGCCGGAGACAGUCUCGGGUCUGGCGAGCGAGCUCAGGAGUGAUAACCGUGGAAGCCAUCAGGAAGCCAAUGCCGAUCACGGCAGCAGCGGUCCGUUGCUGCAGAGACGAGGCUCACAGAUGACACUGCAAACGAGAGCAACGACCGACGGAGCCGGGCAUUUCACUGUCACUGCUGCCCGCUUGCCCGAGCUGAUCGACGAGAUCGGCAUCGGCAUGUUUCAGAUCAUUCAGUUCCUGCCCGUCCUUUUCGUCCCCCUCUGCGAGGGCGCCAACAUCCUCGUGAUGACGAACGUGACGCACGCCUUGAAGCAGAGCUUCCAGCUCAGCAGCUGGCAGGCCGGGAGCCUCGAUGCUUUCUCCUUCUUGGGGCUUGCGCUCGGCCACUACGUCGCGGGCUUUCUUGCAGAUCUGCGAGGUCGACGCCUCCCCAUGGUUCUCUCUUUCCUUGGCAUGACCUUGGGUAGCGUGCUGAUGACCCUGGCCACGGGCUACGAGGCAAUGGUGAUGCUGCGGCUGCUGCAUGGCCUUUGCUGUGGACUGGGGGUUCCACCGGCCGCGUCGAUGAUCGCUGAGACCGUGCCAACCGCCUGGCGCCGGUUUGUCUUCGUCCUUUUUUGGAGCUCCACGGCCCUUGGAGAGACCUAUGCCUGCUGUGGCUUGAUGCUCUACAUGCCCAACCUCACAGAAACCGCUUGGAAGCAGGCCGUUCUUUGGACUUCUUUGCCGGCAUUCCUGAUGUUGCUCCUGUCGGUGGCCACACUGCAGGACUCCCCGCACUGGCUGGCCGUCCACGGCCGCCUCAUCGAGGCAAGGAUCGUCUUGGACCGGAUGGCCGCCAUGAACAAGAAGGAAGAGGUUCUCAAGAAGCUGGGGCCAGCCCCAGUCCACGACUUCUCGAACCUGUACGGCGUCAUCACAGCCCGCGCAGGCCACGGCCCCUCGCCACAGGCGCUGUAUCAACGCCUAGUGCAGCCGGAGACGCUGAAGCUAGUGUGUCUGUUCGCCGUCCUCGCCAGUGUUGGGAACAUUGAGACAUUUGGAAUGAGCAACGUUUGGCCAGAGAUGCUGCGAGAGGAAGCUGCAGACGAACACCUGCACGGUCUGCAUGCCUCGAAGGUUACACCACCGGCGCAGAAGCUUGCGCUCAUCGUCUCCAUCGGCAUUCCAGUGGGAAUGGCUUCUGCGGUACUCUCGUUUUCCAAGACGGCAUCUCAUCGCGUGUACAUCGUCCUAGCUGGCCUCACGGGAUGCGCGGGCAUUUUGUGCGCUUCGUUCCUGCAGCAUCUGCAGCACGCUGCUUUCCUGAUGGCCGCGAUUCUUGUCACUCACAUGUCUGGAACCCUUCAGUACGCGGUGGCGAUGAUCUUCUGUGAGGAGUCCUUUCCCACCGACAUCAGGGCAUCCGCCACAGGCAUCGUGAUCUUCUGGGGCACACUCUGGUCGGUGUUCUCUCCCCUGCUACUGACAGCGGUCGGCGAGCCGGGAUUCCUGGCAGUUGCGGCCGUGGCGUUUCUGGUUUCUGCGGUCUGCGUCCUGCCACUUCAGGAGACCCAUUGCAUGGAGCUGAAGGACUUCGUGGAAGAGCAAGAAAGCGGCCCAAACUUCGAGGAGAGAGAGGCGGAGGCGGAGGCGGCCGAGGCGGCCGAGGACGAGGAGAGCGAGCUGUCGGAAGGAGAAACGGACACGGUCGGAGGUGCAACGACUGCGAGUUCCCAAGAGUCAACGUCUGUGGUCUUUGCCGACGGCACCCUCGGUGCUGUGUUGGAGUUGAAGCUGGUGUUCUUCCUUUUGGGGGCCGUGCCUGGGGUGUCGUUUACCGCCUUCUACUCCUCGAUGGGCUUCUUGAUCGACCGCUGCAGGGAUCGCAGCUUCUUCGCACAGGAGAUGUUGGUGGGAAACGGAGCCGUGGCGCUGGGUUUGCUGCUUUGGACCCGGCUUUCGGCUUCCAUCUUCGCUCGCUUGGUCUUGGGCACCUUCUCCUUGUUCCUGGUAGACCUCCUCAUGGCUUUUCCCGAGCACGAAACCGUCAUGUUGGCCUUGGGCUUCCUGCAAGGCUUGUUGAACGUCACGGUCCUCAGCACCAUCUUGUCUUUGGCAUCCGAGCUCUGUGAGAACUGUCGCUCCUGGGUACAGUUGGGCUUUGCGACCGGUGCACUGAUGCCAGUCUUGGCGGUUCCAUUCACCGGCUUUGGGCCAAAGUCUCCUUUGUCUGUGCGGCUGGCAUAUUAUCUUCUGCCCGCACUGUUCUCCCUGCUAGCCGCCAUGACUUAUGGAGGUGUCUACCAUCGAAAAGUGACAGAAGUGAAUAGGCUGGGACGGAGAGUGAGGGGCAACUUGGCCGACCUCGUCAUGGCCUAUGCAAAGACAAACUCUCCUUCCUCCUCCGCGGCCCCGGCUUUGGCUUUCGGCUGUCUCGACAACAUGGCCGUUCUCCUUAUCCUCGGCUAUCAGUUCGCUGCGUACUUCUUUGCUGGAGUGUUCCCAUUCUAUGGGGAUGCUGCAGCAGCAUUGAUGCUGUACCUUUACAUGAUUGCAGGGGACAUGAUGGGGAACUUGGCAGCUUUUGCGUGGGCGGCCUUCGUGGACUUGCCGAAUCUCGGGCGCGCCUUGAAGGAGAGGGAAAGGACUGGGAGCUUAGCUACCGCAGCCGCAGCGGCCACGAUGUGCUAUGGAGCCUUGCUGCUUCUGCUGCUGAUCGCUGGCUGCACUGCGGGCCUGGGUUUGUGGGGUGCGGCAGAGGCCGCCAAGGAAGAUACCGAUACCAAAGCUCCCAUGCCGAUGCAGCUCUGCUUUGUGACGUUCUUCUUCGGUGCUUUUGCAAAGGGCGGGCUCGAUGAGCUCCGACUCGUGGGAGGAAAAUCCAAUGUUGUCCGCUUUGCUCGGCUUUUUGGAAGCUUGCUGGGCCUCCUUGCAGCACUCCUCUGCUGCCACCUGAGCAGCGACUUCUCCCAAGAGAUCUCGCCCAGGGCCACGCUCCUGCGCAAGGACCACGACAGAACGGAAGCGAAGAGCAUGCUAGACCUUGACGUUCUCUCCUUGUCGCAGUCACGCUCCUUCCGAUUUUCGAUGCCGCUGCAAGUUCAGGUGACUCAUGCUGGGAGCUUCGGACUAUAA